AUGGGUAUAGUACAGAUGCCAGCUUAUACUGACUAUUGGGCAAGAAAAACAAGAUACCCUCUCAUUGCUGAUCUUAUGCCUCUCAAAAAGUAUCAACAAAUACGUCGAUAUAUUCAUUUUGUUGAUAAUACUUUGCAAGAUUCAGACCGUUAUUUCAAGAUUCGCCCCCUAAUGGAGAAAAUACGCAAAAAUUUUCUGAAAAUUGAAGAAGAAGGAAAAUAUUCCAUUGACGAGAUGAUGAUACCUUAUAAAGGUCGUAAAGCAGGUAAACGAAAGCAGUACAUAAAAAUGAAACCUAAGAAAUGGGGGUUUAAGAAUUUUGUCCGUGCGGGUGUUUCGGGUAUCAUCUACGAUUUUAUUCUGUAUGGUGGCGACGAUACCUUUCGUGGACUGACUUUUUCAGAGAAAGAAGCUACAAUUGGUUUAGGAGGUAUGGUAGUGCUUGCAUUGUGUCAAACUAUAAAGAAAAAGCCGGCCAUUGUGUAUGCUGAUAACUUUUUUAUGUCGCCUGAACUAACAUAUAUUCUGCGGGAAGAAUACGGGAUCCUUAGUCUAGGAACAAUAAGGACUAAUCGUCUCAGAGGCUGUCAAGAGUUAUUGCCAACUGACAAACAAUUAAAAAAGAAGAAACGCGGUUCUAGCGCCCAGGUGGUUUGCAAUAAGAAUAAGUUGGCAGUCGUAAAGUGGAACGACAAUAAAGUGGUUACACUUAUUAGCACCUACAUAGACUCGUACCCCUUAGAAACAAUCAAACGAUACGAUAAGGAUGAGAAAAAGAAAGUAGAUGUAGAAUGUCCUCAAGUGGUCAAACAUUACAACAAACAUAUGGGAGGGGUCGAUUUAGCAGAUAUGUUGAUAUCGUUAUAUAGAACUCCCUUCAAAAGUCACCGUUGGUACUUGGGAAUAUUUUCACAACUUGUUGAUAUGUGUAUAAAUAACGCUUGGCUCCUACAUAGAAGAGAUGGGAAGAAGACUUCAUUGAAAGAUUUCAGAUUUGAAUUGUUUGAUGGGUUGUCUAAGUCUAAUAGAAUAGGAACAAACCAAAACGUUACAGACGAUAUAGGCGAGAAUCUGAAAAUCCAUAAACCAGUCUCAGUCCGACCAACUGAUAGCGUCAGAUUUGAUAACACAGGUCAUCUUCCAGAAGCAGGCAAUUUGUACAAAACGGAGUGUCAUGAAAUGAAGCGUAAAAUAGAGUUCCCUCCAGAGAUAGUCCUUUUAUCGCGCGUCCCGGACAGACGGGAAAUCACGAGGAAAUUGCCAAGCACUUGUACCAGCCUCCUAUUCUGGGAUAUGAACUAUUCAUAUCGUGGUUUAUGA